GCCUCUUUCUUCUCUCUUGCUAAAACCAUAAAUCUUAUAACCCAUAUACCGAACAAUGAAUAACUUACUUCAACCAAUCCACCACAUACAACUAAAUAGAUUCCACCGAAAAACUACUCUUCUACUAGAUUACGAGAUAUCCCCAGCGAACAACCACCUCCUUAUCUCUAGUCCGUCAUUCGUACCGUCCGAUCCACGCCCGCAAUAGCACAAAUACGGGAAAUCUUUCGUCUCUUGUUAAUCAAGAACAAUCUUUUAGAUUUUAUUGUUUAAAAGACAGAUUUUAUCCAUCCAACCACAUAUGCAAAGGCGUCAAGAAGAGAUGUCCUCGAUGACUCCCCACAAAGGGCAACGUCAAAUCCAAACCUCAGCCGCGGAGCUUGUAACAGCCUCGCCUCGAAACCCAGCUCAAAGCCCGCAUGACUUCAACAGCAAAGCAUACUCGGAGAAUAUGCACUCCUCGAUGACUCAUUCUGAUCAACCUACUACCCCUCCUCGAACUCCUCGAAGAGCCCAGCAGAAUCAGCCAGCGUCUCAAAGCAAACCAAACUCAGCCCUACCCGACAAUAGUUCAAGGAAGUCGACCAACAAGAAAAGAUCCAAAAAUGUGCAGACGUCUCCUGCUACAACAAGGAAUGACAGAACUACCCCGCCAUUGACUGGCGCUCAAUCUACCGGUGGUUCAACUGCUGCCAGACCUAUUCAAACACCAUUGGCAGCUCAGGCUUAUGCAGGGCCAACUUUCCACGCAUCCCCUGCCCCGUCGGCUCUGCCUAUGCCCAGUUUUUAUUCAAAGUCUGUCCCAGAAUCGCCAGCAAUCAGAGCUGGAAAUGCGAUCAAAGAGCCAGAUUCGUCGGCAGACGAAUCUUCACAAACCCCGUCUUCAGCACAAAUAUUUAGUGAUUUGUCACAUAGAGAGGAGUCACCCCUUGACCUUUUCUUCAAAGCAGAUAAACUGGAGAAGGCUGAAAAAAUUCGAGCCCGAAGUACAAACUCAAAUGCAACCGGUUCUGUUGGACCUUUCAAUCCCCCACUUGCUUCGCCUGGUGGUACGAGAACUCCACGGCAGCCUACCAGUCAAUACCGCAAUAAAAACAUGCCCACUUCUCGUGGUUCAGCAAGUAGUAUGUUUUCCAUGGAGCUAGACGGAUCUAAUAGUCCCGGAUUGCCGUUGGGGCCGGCAUUCUCCACUCCUUAUAACGAGAGGAUCAAAGCAGCACGGAAGACCUCGAGUCCUUUACAACCACACCAUCCCUCACCAAGCAACUCUCAGUCAUCAUUAGACAAAUCGGAGCAACUUAAAGCCUAUUUGUUUUCUGAGGAACCAUCUACCAACGGUAACCUUAGGCCUGCCUUAAGCUUAACAGCAAAUUCAGCAAUAUCCUAUCAAGGUGGACAAAGCUCUCCUGUUGGUCCCAGAAGUGCUGGAUUCCCCGGAAGGUCCCCGCAAAUGAACUACAAACUCAAAGGUGAUUCACGAAGCUCGGGCGAUAUCCCCAAAUCCUCUCGAUCUGGUCUUCGCCAAGAAGUCUCACCAACAAAAACCCCUACAAGAACGCCGGAUCGUGCGAAUUCAUAUGGGCCAUCUCAGAGUCUCUCUCAGAUCUAUGGAAAUAAGUUUGCGAUUGCCAAUAAUCCUAAUAAUGCUACUCAAGUCACGGAUUCUUCCCCUGUGCCACAAGGAUCUUCUAGUACCAUACCUGGAACUGGCAAUCCCGAUUAUCGAGGCAUGGAGAAUGAUUUAAGGCGAAUCCUGAAAUUGGACUCUCCUGGCUUUUCUGGAUCAGCAAGGUAGUCUUUUGCGCCAAUUAAGUUUCACUUCUCUUUUCAAAUGGCGUUCGGGUGAUGGCUUAUAUGUCAUCACAGGUAGGAUUACUAUAUUGGCGUUCUGGUUAUCAUGCACUUUUCCCUUCCUCCAGUGAGAGCGUUAUGGUUACGAGUUGGUGCAUGUGACUUUCAGGGUUUGUGACAUUUUUAUAGAGAUGAUGGCUUGGUAUACCCUUGUUAGUUCUCGCAAUGUUAGGGCUGGUUUGCCUUGUAUUAUUGGGGAGCGAUUUCGGAAAUGUUCUUACGAUUGAUGGUCAUACCUCAAAUCUCAUACUGCGACAAUUGUUUUGUUCAUUUCUUAAGGCAAGACUCGACUGCCUGGGCUACAGCAAUUGAAUUGGAUUACUGGGGGAGGAGAAAUGGUGUUGCCUAGCUGUGUGGGAGGAACCAGCAAUACUUAAAAUAAAAACAUAAAAAAAAUUCUCGGAUCUCAGAUUAUGUUUCUUGGUCACUGGAUUUUAUCGUCGCAGAUACUCUCAAGUAGCUUUUAGUUAGAGUUAUCAUUGGUAGCUAAACAGA